CAUGAACCUGGUCUCUCUAUGCGAACACACCCAUAGAAGGCAGUGGAAAGAAAGAGACUGGAAAGACCAUUAAAGAUAGAGCAGCAGUGCACUUUCUUUAUUACCAACAAGCCCGUUCGUCUCCGAGGAAUUAAAAAACAACAACAGUAAUACUAAUACUCAACGUGAGGGCAUCUCAAACGGCGGUGGACGUUGUACUUUUCGGUUGUGAAAGGGACUGGAUCCAGGUUGACAUUGCAGAAGAUAGCCUACUUACUUGCGUCAUCUGCCUCUAAUUCUGCAGUCAAAUAUUAAAGUUAGACAAAAAUGAAGAGUGUCAGGAGCUGUAUUGGCACACUUGUGGUGCUGAUAUUGUGUCGAGUGGGAGAGAUUACAGAAGCGUGCAGUUGUUCACCCGUCCAUCCUCAACAGGCGUUCUGCAAUGCUGAUGUUGUAAUUAGGGCCAAGGUGGUUGGCAAAAAAGAAGUGGAUUCUGGGAAUGAUAUUUAUGGGAACCCCAUCAAGCGGAUUCAGUAUGAGAUUAAGCAGAUUAAGAUGUUCAAAGGCCCGGAUCGCCACAUCGAUGUGGUCUUCACUGCGCCCUCAUCUGCCGUGUGUGGGGUGACGAAUUUGGACACUAAUGGCAAGAAAGAGUACCUCAUCUCAGGCAAGGCAGAGGCCAAUGGCAAGAUGCAUGUGACUCUCUGUGAUCUCAUCAUGCCUUGGGAAUCCAUGAGUGCCACCCAGAAGAAGAGCCUCAGUCAGCGCUACCAGAUGGGGUGUGACUGCAAGAUCACACGCUGUGCGACCUUCCCAUGUGAGAUCAGCGCACCUGAGGAGUGUCUGUGGACAGACUGGGUGACGGAGAAGAUCAUUCACGGGCGCCAGUCUGACCAUUAUGCUUGCAUCAAGAGAGGAGAUGGCUCCUGCGCGUGGUACCGUGGAGUCGCUCCACCCAAGAAAGAGUUUCUGGACGUGGAGGACCCUUAAUCUGUCUCUCUCUCCCUCUCCACAUCGCCCGCUCUGAGGUUCUUAAAAAUAUCAUAGAUAAGGUGUAAGUUAAUAUUGACAAAAAGACAAAACUACUACUAUUAGACUCUACUAAAUUGAAAUGUUAAGGCUAGAUUAGUGUACAGUCUUCAUUAGAUAUCGGAAUAUGACACUGAAUGGAGUGAAGUAACUACCCCAUCCAAGGCUGGCACCCCAAAACUCUUCCCAGGUGAGAAACAAUCUUUAAACAAGAGCACUUUCCGCCCCAAACAGCGCUUAGAUUUCUCUCUGCAAAAUGGACCUGAAAUGUCUUCUACCAUCUCCCACAAUUGCAGUCUCUCAGCUUAUUUUAUAUGUUCAGUUUCUGGCAUUUUGGUCUAAACCCACAUGGGGUGACAGUGAAAGUAUUACUUUGGAAGGUAGUGUGUAAUUUCCAAAGCCAUGCCAAUUGGUCCACUGAUAAAUGGUGAGGCAGGACUUCCCAGAUAGUUCAAAGAUGUGCAGGGACCACGAAAGAACUUUUGAAAGACAGUGGGGUUUGGAAAACUGAAAAUUAAAGACCAAAGUCAAUGUCACUAGACAUGAAUUUGUGAGGAAAACGAAAUCUCCUAGUGCUGCUGACCAAAUUUUAGAAUGUUGAACUGUUGUAUAUUAAGAUGUUAUUAAUUCCACAUCCACUGCUUUUCAUCACCAUUGUGUCCAUUCUCUUCAUUGUGUAUCCUUCGUGUAUACAGAAAUGAAGGAAUAACAGCGUAAACAUCUAUUAUACUGAUGACAGUUCUAGUGUUCAUAAAUAGUUUAGCAAUAUACAUUAAAUUCCUUACAAACUUUUAUGAAUCAAACAUCCCUAACUUGUUGCUUGUUUACCUCUCUAAACAUUUACUUUGUCUCAAACAUACAUUGGGUCUCAUUCACUAUCCGUGUAUACACAAGUCUUACUUAUUUCAGAGUAAUGUAAUAAUCUUUUUUUUUUUUUUUUUUUUUUGCAAUGUAGCACAUUUUAUUGUGCGUUAUAGCUCGAUCUGGAUUCUGCAUUAAAUGCUGCCGAUCAAAUGUAGUGUAGGCCUCUAUAAAUGUAGUUUGUGUUUCAACUGGUUUUGAGAUUGGAACAUUUGGCUGUACUAGAAGAUCAUGCUGUGCUUUAGAGAGCAUGAGUUCUUUAGAUAGCAUAAGAUUGCACCUGUACAGGUGAGGUUGAGCAAAAAGCCCUUAUAUGGAGAUGGUUUGGGCGUGUAUUAUGCUAAUAACUAACUGCAGGCAUAUGCUCCGUCAUUUCGAAUUAUCCAGAUUUAUCCACAUUAAAAUAUGGGUAAGAAAAAAAUUAUAUGCAUCCGGCAGAACUUUUUCUGCACUCAUAAUUAUGAAUAUAUGUACGCAAUAUAGUGAAUGAGACACAAUAGGAUUACCUGUCCAAUUUAUGCAUUUAUUCCUCUGUUAAGAGUUAAGACUAUGAGUUCAGUAAUGAUUCUAUUUGAACUUGUUGCACUUUCUAAAAAUAAAACCAGGAGAGGACUCUCUCUCAUUUUCUGCUUUUUUCUCACAUUUAAAUGCUUUAAUACAUUUAAGAAUGAAAACAUCAAUUAUCUAAGGUGAGCUCUUUUAAAUUGUGUAUUGUUAUUUUAUGUGUUUUAGAUUAUGCACCCGAAGAGGUACAUAAGACUUUAGUUGCCAUGGUAAUGGGAAACCCUUAGUUUUGCCCUAGAGGAAAACAAGGCUGAUUGGAUUGGCAUGCAAAGACACAGACCUAUAGCAUGCUCUGAUUCUCCUCACAGAAUGAGGAAACCAAGGCAGGACUUCCUUCCUCCUGUGAUGUCAAUAAACUCAGGAGUUUAUUGGCAGCUUGAGAGGAAGACACAGAGUUGGGUUGUUGCAGCUGUCCCCUGAUUGGGCGUUGCCAAGUCACGUGAUUGACUGAGGGUAAGACUUUAGAAUACUAGUUGCUAGGCGCUUCGUCAGGGUGAGCCAUGUGGCCCAAUGUGGUCAGAGUGAUGGAGAGAAAGAGAGAAGAAACAGAACCGCUGAUGAAGCAACAACAAAAAGUGUUGAUAGAUUGGGUGCAGUUGGUGCAGAUACUGCCAUUGUUUUGUAAGGCAUCACAAUCAUGUAUAAAAUCAACACUGCAAUCAUUUGUAUUGACAAAGGGAGCAUUAUUAUGGGUACUAGUAAAAUUCAUGCCUUUAUAUUUUGGCUAUCAGUGUUCCAAGCACUAAUGUGUAUGAUGCUUUUUCUUUGCUCAAGUGUGAUUUAAAUUAAGAUUUUUUUUUUUCAAUAUCCUCUUAUUUCUUCAUGCCAGAAGCAUUGUCAUAAACAAGCUUGAAGUCUUUCGUAUAGGCUACAUAAAUCUACAAGGUUAACACAUUGAGCUAUAACUAAUUAAAUUGCUUUGUAUUAAUUGUUAUUGAACUUAAAUGGCAUAAGUUAAAUGUUUGUUUUUUUUUCUCCAUGUUUCUACUUUUUUUAUAUAUAUAUGUGUUAUUACCUUUGAUUUAUAUGAUCGUGUUAUUUUUUACCAGUCUUUUGUCUAACUUUUUAAUAAUUUGCUGAAAAGUGCAGGAAUGUGAGAGCUCUUGUGUCUGAACCACAUGAGAGAGUUGUGGUAGAAGAACCAGACUAUGCAUGUCUUUGAUUCUUUGUGUAAUACCCAUGUGGAUGUUCACUUGACAGAUAAAUAUACAGUAUUACCAAAUAAAACAUUAAACUACA